AAAAUAAAUUAUUUAUUCAAUUUUCAAUGUUGUAAGCAGCUAGAUAUUGCUUGUCAAAAUUUUCACGGGACACUGAAUCACUUUUAUGUGUCUAUUUUUACUACUUCCUGAACAAAAGACGAAGAAAUGUUUGGAUCUCGUUCCUCAUUUGACAAACUAUUAGAAAAAGCUACAAGUCAGCUGCUGUUGGAACCAGAUUGGGAUUCAAUUCUUCAAAUCUCAGAUUGUAUAAGACAGGGGGAUGUACAGCCAAAAGGUGCAAUAAAUAGCAUAAAGCGUAAGAUUGGGACUGAGAAUCCACAUGUGUCCUUGUAUGCUCUCCAGGUAUUGGAAUCUUGUAUGAAAAACUGUGGAUCACUGGUCCAUGAUGAAGUAGCUUCCAAGGAGUUUAUGGAAUUUUUGAAGAAUCUUGUUUCUACAAGAGGAGAUCCAGUGAAAGGGAAGAUUUUAGAAUUGGUACAAGUGUGGAGUCACGCAUUUAGAAACGAGUCCAGGUAUAAAGUGGUGCAAGAUACAUUUAAUCUUCUGAAGCUAGAAGGAUAUAGUUUUCCGCAGUUGAAGGAAUCUGACGCAAUGUUUUCUGCAGAGAAAGCUCCGGAAUGGAAGGAUGCUGAUUGUUGUUCUAGAUGUAGGACAACAUUUGGUAUGGUUCAGAGAAAGCAUCAUUGUAGAGCCUGUGGAGAUGUUGUAUGCCAGAAAUGUUCCUCCAAGAAUUCCAUCAUUCCCAAGUUUGGUAUAGAGAGGGAAGUAAGAGUGUGUGAUUCUUGUUAUGAUAAAAUCAACAAGGCAGCUGGAGCUGGUAAGUCAGAGGAUGACCUGCCAGCUGAAUAUCUGAACAGCCCGCUAGCUAAACAGUCUCAGACACCACCACAGAAGACUGAAGCUGAGAUACAAGAAGAAGAGGAACUACAACUGGCCAUUGCAUUGUCAAAAAGUGAGGAGGAAAAUAAAGCUAAAGAGAGAGAAAGAAUGCGCAGCACAUAUGGUAUAUAUGGGAGUGUUAACAAGGACACUAAUAGGUCAACAUCGCCAGCAGGGCCUCCACCACAACAACAAGCACCUGCUAAUGUGUCGGCACCAAUGAUUGACACGGCUGACAUUGAUCCGGAACUAGCUCGAUAUCUCAACCGUAACUACUGGCAACAGAAGUCUGAGACUAUCAAAACUACUACAACAACAUCAACAACUCAGCCCUCAGCACCAGUAGCCCAGCAGGUAGAGCCAAAAAACACCCAAGGUGGUGGGAAAGUUCAAGAGGCUUAUCAGAAUGGUGAGACUGAGGAAGAUCCUGACCAGUUUUUGAAUGCCCUCAAUAGAAGUGUUGAGAUCUUCGUAAACCGAAUGCGUAGUAACUCUCAGAGAGGCCGUAGUAUAGCAGUGGAUUCUUCUGUACAGUCAUUGUUCAAUGUCAUAUCUAACAUGCACCCUCAGUUGAUGAAAUAUGUCGGUCAACAAGAAGAUCUAAGGGCUCAGUACGAGUCACUACAAGACAAACUAGCACAGCUUAGAGAUGCUCGUGAAGCACUAGAUGCAUUGAGGGAGGAUCACAGGGAGAAAAAGAGGAUAGAAAUGGAGGAGCUGGAGCGCCAGAGACAGAUACAGAUGGCCCAGAAACUGGACAUCAUGAGACAGAAAAAACAUGAAUAUUUGGAGAUGCAGCGUCAGCUGGCGUUACAACGUCUACAGGAGCAGGAACGUGAGAUGCAGAUGAGAUUUGAACAACAGAGACAACUAACACAGAUGAGACAGAUGCAGAAUUAUGGUGGAUAUAACCAGCCUGGUUACCCGCAGGGUCCAAUGCCAGGCAUGAUGCAAGGAGGAUACAAUCCAGGAGCCGGGGCACAAAUGGAAGGUUCGCCUGUACACCAACUGCAGCAGCCGGGACCUGGUCCACAGAUGCAAGGAUACAUGCCCCAACAGAUGUAUGGGCCACAAGGUGGGGCUCAGGUGCCAUAUACACAACAGGGUGGACAACAGAGCAUGUAUCAGCAAAUGCCCCCUGGUGGUGGCCAGAUGCCCCCUGGUGGUCAGAUACCUCCUGGAGCACAGAUGGCACCUAGUGGUCAGUCUAUGGGUCAACAAGGAUACACUGGUCAGUACAUGAGUCAGACAGAUGGUCCUGCUCCCCCAGGUGUACCACAACAGAGUACCUAUCAACAGCCGGGCAACAUGCAAUAUAAUACUGAUGCAUCUGGUGCACAGAGUAUGCCCCAGACUUUGCCGGGUCACAUGACCAAUCAGAACCAGGGGUAUGGGUCCUUACCCCCACAGAUAGGUGGAGAGUAUCAACAAGGGGCAUAUAACAUGCAAGGCAUGGCAAGCUCUUUACCACAAUCUGAUGGAUCAGGGUAUAAUGGCCCUCCACAACUACAACAACAAUACAUGGGUCAGGCCGGUCCCCCUCAAGGUCAACAAUACCAAGGUCAAGGUCAACCACAACCAGGCAUGGUACCAGCACAAAACAUGGGCCAGCCUCAACAUAAGCCGGGCCCAUUAGAAGCAGAACUUAUUUCAUUUGAUUAGAAUUUUUUUAUUGUUGUUAUAAUUUGUAUGAUAUAUAUUUUGUCGAAAAUUCACAGGCAUGUUCAUUGUUAAGAUAUAGUAAAUAGAAAAAGAUUUGACAUAGAUGUGACUUCUAAGAAAAAUGAUAAAAAUUGCUUGUAAAUUUUUGAAAUGAUAGAAUAUGUAUUUUCGUUUAUAUAUGAAGUCAUUUAAACAACAACAAUAUUUGUUGCAUUUUAAAGCUUUAGUCAAAAUGCAUUCAACAUGGCAUUUAAAUUUCUUUUUAGGUAAACAAUGUUAUACAAUAUAGACAAUAUAGAUAGUGAUUAUAUACAUAAAUUGACAUUAAGUAAUAUGAAUAAUUGUUUGAAUAGCAUUUGAAAAUGAUUAAACCUCAAUUGUUUACCUGCACAAUUUGUAUAACGGAUUUGCCUAGCUUUAAAUUUUGAGGAGUCUUUGAAGUUUUCAAAGUUAAUAUCAAAAUACAAAAUUUGAGCUGUCAACAUUAUAUAGCCGUGUACCAGACU